AUGAAAAACAAUUUUCGUUCACCUCAUCUUUUUUGGUGGCUUAUUAUUCCUGGAGGAAUUGGCCUUAUAUUUCUAUUAGGACAUUAUCCAAAUGUUAUACCAUUUCAAUAUUUAGGUGGAUUCGGUGCUUCAUCUUCAUGGUUUGCUUUGAAAAAUCAUAUACUUCUUCUGGUUGUGUUUUGGUCUAUAGUUAUUGCACAUGGUUAUGAAGCUAUAAUUGCUCGUCGUAUUUGUCAAAAGCUUAAUCUUGAUCAAAAAUCAACAUUACUUUGGAUGAUACAAACAUUUAUUUUAGGAUUUCCUUCAUUAAAGAAAUUAAAAGGACAAAAACAUCGAUAUGAAUAA